AUGAGCUCAUCAUCGUCGGAACACUCUAGCGAUUCCACAAUUUCUGGAAAUGCACUGAUGGACAAUAGACCAAUGAGUUCCCUGGAUAAACUUCAUUACAUUAUUGGAAUGGGAAUCUUGCGCGAAGAAUUACGGGACGAAAUCUAUUGUCAACUUUGCAAACAGCUGUCUCAAAAUCCUUCGCGGUUAUCUGCAGCUCGUGGUUGGAUCCUGCUUUCUUUAUGUGUUGGGUGUUUUGCUCCGAGUCCAACGUUUAUCAAAUAUCUGUACUGCUUUAUCCGAGAACGGGGACCAACCGGUGCCGGUUAUGCCGCAUAUAUGGAAGAGCGCUUAAAGCGAACCGAACAAAAUGGAUGCAGACACCAGCCACCGAGCUAUAUAGAAUUACAGGUAGAAUUAGCAACAUAAUU